GUUCUAUAAAACUAUAGUUGAACAAUAGAAAAUCAACAAAUUGAUAGAGGUCCAUAGUUCUGGAGCUGUCACAAACAAGGAAGAACUUCAUUGUGUCUCUGGUGUAAAAAAUUAUGUAAGCAUAGAAGUGGUUUGUAAAGAAGAAAUAGAAGUAUGGUAUCACUAAAAGUAAUAAAGAAUCGUAUCAGAACAGUGAGUAAUACGAAGAAAAUAACGCAAACAAUGCGACUAGUUUCCGCAGCUAAAUAUUCAAGAGCAGAGCGUGAAUUAUCUAGUGCAAGACCUAUUGGACGAGGAGCAACUGAAUUCUUUGAACUGGCCGGAAUUCAUACACCCGCAAAAGUUGACCCACAAUUGAUAGUAGCUCUUACCGGUGAUCGUGGUCUUUGUGGAGGAAUCCAUUCUGGUAUUGCUAAGGCAAUUGAUUUGAGUCUUAAAUCCAAUUCAGCAUUGCAAUCUGAGACGAAAAUAAUUUGUGUUGGUGAGAAGAAUCGAAUGAUCCUGUCGCGAAUGUAUCCAAACAACAUCAUUUGGGUAGCUAACAAUGUUGGUAAGACAUCAAUGACUUUCCAUGAUGCUGGAGCCAUUGGAGAGCAAAUAAAAAAUAGUAUAGACGAGUAUAACAUUGCUCGCACUGCUAUUUAUUACAACAAAUUUGUAAAUGCUAGUAGUUAUAUGGUGAGCACCAGUAGAUUUUAUGAUCGGUCCAGUCUUUAUGCAGCUGAGAAGUUUUUGUUGUACGACAUGAUCGAGGAGGAGAUUGUUGAUUGCUGGUUGGAAUUUGCAAUAGUUGCUAUUGUAUUUUGGAUACUGAAAGAGAGUUCGGCCAGUGAACAUUCAGCAAGAAUGACAUCAAUGGAGAGUGCUACAAAAAAUGCUGCAGAAAUGAUACAACAAUUGACACUUGCAUACAAUCGUACAAGACAAACCGUCAUCACCAAUGAACUUAUUGAGAUUAUCUCUGGAGCUAGUGCUAUUAAUAAGAAUUAACAUUUUUUUAGAAGAUUAAAACAGU